AUGCCAAGACAGCCGUAUCCACUACGCUUUUACGAUCCAUCAUCACAUGACACUAGCUUCGCGUCGAAGGAUACCUCUGGCUACGGUGCCGUACCAAGGGGGAUGCUCACAGCGCCUCCUGUCUCGCAGCGGCUUGCGGCCUCCGAGAUUGGUACCUUGCCCGACGACGACAACCACAGAACAACCAUCACGCUGAACAUAACAGAUAGCCCUGCCGACCUUCGAACAGGUCCUAGCAUCCUAGGGGAUCCGCAUGGGAGCCUUUUGGCAGGCCCGCGUCUCUCCACGGCCAUGACACGAACCGAUUACCGCACCGGCGAGGACGACGCGUACCCGAUCACCAGCUGCACCCAGAGAAGGAGGGUUAUACAAUGUAAUGGAGUCCAUGAUGACCUCACGAGGGCCAUGGGCAGCGGACAGGGGCAUCGCUCCUGGACGUGCACCUCUUUGUCGCAUACACGAUGUUGGACCGAUACGAACGGAGGGAGCCGCAAGCAGAUGGUAUUCAGAGCGCCGCAGCAAGAAUGGCAGCGACGCAUCCAAAUACAUGCAUUCCCGAUGAUGGCGGGCGGCCACUCGACAGCACCCCGCAUGGCCAAGGGCGGUGGUCACGAGCACAGCGCAUCUGGCACAUCGUUGCCACACCGGAGUGCGUAG